AUGGCGUACAUAAAAAAAAUCGUACAACUCAACAGAAAAGAAGACAUUUUAUCACUAAUCUGUCACAUUUUGCACAGCAAUACGUUAACUUUUGUGCAGAUAUGCUUUGAAUGUAAUCACCACACCUUUAUACGGAGGUAUUACCAGGUUAUACAUCAGAUUAAGAUGUUCUACGGAUUGACUGGUGUAGUAAUUUUUGUGUUUGGCACCGUAAACGAACAGGAUACGUUGCAGAUGAUGGAAUGGGAUAGUUGCAAAUGCAUGGAAUGUUUUGAUGGACUGAAGAAUGUGAUAGCCAGCAAUACAGGUGAUGUGUGGGAAUGGAGCCGUAAGAAUGAGUUGAGUGAUAAGGAUGCGAUGAUAAGGAACAAUUCAUAUUGUUGUGAUAGAAAAAGCGAUUUAAAGUGUUUUUAUGGUAAUAAACGUGCUGAUGACAGUGGAAACGAGAAUAGUGGUAAUAUGGCCUACUGUGGUAGCACCUUGAGCAAUAACAGAAAUAUAAAAAUGACGUGCGGCACAUCACAUACCGGAACAACAGAGAACAAAAAUGUUGCGGUACCGGAACACAUCAAGAACCAUUGUAUUGAAGAUUGGAAGGCAUGUGAUGAAAUGAUGGUAGGUGAUCAGGAAAACGUGCUAAGGCUGAGAUGCUAUGAUGAAAAAUCUGUUUGUGAUGAACAUGACGUGCAAGGCGAAGCGUUAAGAUCACCUAACAAUUCUUCGAGAGACAUUAAUAGUGAAAUGGCAGGACACGUAAAAUCGAAAGAGCAUGAAUAUACAGGCGGCGAUAACAUCAUGGUGGAGUACCGGCUGAUGAACAAGCACUUUUUUGUACCACCGAGCAACAAAAAAAAAUAUCAUACGGUUGUCUUAGGUGGUACAUUUGAUCGGUUCCAUGAAGGUCACAUCCUCCUGCUGACCACAGCCCUGCUCUUAGCUUCAGAUGAGCUUACAAUUGGUUUGACCACCAAAAGAUUGCACACAAACAAAAAGCACAACGCUAUUAUCGAAUCAUACGACAUAAGAAAGAACAAGUUGCUUUUUCUGUGCCGUGUAAUGUCAAACGCUCGUGUUACGCUCAACGAGCUUAAUGACAGCGUUGGAAAAUGCCUGAAAGAUGACUAUGAAUGCAUUGUUGUGUCGACAGAAAGUUUUGUAAGAGCGUGUGAGAUUAACUUUAGAAGAAUGGAUGUUGAUAAGAAGAUGAUGGACAUUAUAGUCACACCCGUGAUAGAAUAUGAGAAUGUGAGACUAAGUAGCACCGGGUUGAGAGAGAAGGAGGCUAUCCCUGAUCAAGAUAAGUCAUAAUUGAGCUGUGAGCUGGAUGUAAUUAAAUUGUAGCGUGGAA